AUGCUUGAAGCCAAAAUUGUCUAUCGCCACAUUUCGCUUCGUAAAACUCAAGAUAUAAUUACGUUAUUGAAGAGUCUUGGUGUGGCCAAGUGUGGCCAGGCCAAGUGUGGUCAAGCCAAGUGUGGCCAGGCCAAGUGUGAUCAAGCCAAGUGUUGUCAAGCCAAGUGUGGCCAGGCCAAGUGUGGUCAAGCCAAGUGUGGUCAAGCCAAGUGUGGCCAGGCCAAGUGUGGUCAAGCCAAGUGUGGUCAAGCCAAGUGUGGCCAGGCCAAGUGUGGUCAAGCCAAGUGUGGCCAGGCCAAGUGUGGUCAAGCCAAGUGUGGUCAAGCCAAGUGUGGUCAAGCCAAGUGUGGCCAGGCCAAGUGUGGUCAAGCCAAGUGA